CACACGGUCUGAGAGCCGCGGUGAAGGCGUCACGCCGUGGUCUCACUGCACGCACGGCGCUCAGCGGACCCAGCUGCCGGAGACUCACAAUGGAGUUUGCCUGUGGAUUUGUUUAUGUGCCUCAACGGCCUCGUGCCAUCAAGCGCUCAGCUCUUCUUCCUCCCGUUAACCGGAUUCGUCCUCGCAGUCCUCCUCCUCCUCCUCCGACAAACUCUGCAGAAGCCAGAUUACCAAAGUCACCCCAAUCACGGCCAAAGGUCAUUGAACAGCUGGAAAACAGCGAGGAAGUAAAGAAGGCGGUGAAGCCAACUCCCUUCUAUGGCAACGCUGAAAUUCACAAUAAAGCAUCAACCAGAGAUUUUCCUGCUCAGCUGACGUCUCGAAAAACAGCUCUUCUUCCACCACACAUGAGGCCGCCGGCCGACGCCUACGAGCUCCCGACCGAGCUCCGUGUCCGUCCCCGGGACCCAAACGGAGGAGGCGCAGGAGGCGCAGGGCUCGGGGCUCAGGCACCAGUCCCUCCUCUUCCUCCGAGACCUUCGUUCAUGAAGUUGAUCCCGGAGUACCUGGUGCUGUUUCCUGAACCCGACUCAUCCCCAUCGACAUCUCGCAAAUCGCUGUCGGACACGACCCUCGUCGCGAGUAAAAGAUCAGGAGACACGGGGCCUCUGCCCGGGAAUCCCAAUGUGCUGCUUGUCAGUUUAGGGAAAUUACUCUCGGAAGAAAGAGCUCCGACGGCGCAAGGAGAACCCGCCUCCUGCUCCCGAUGCGGCUCGGUGCUGGACUCCUGCAAUGAGGUCAGCGAGUGUUACUUCUGUCGGCCGUGGCGGCAGACCCGCACUGCCGGCCCGCCGCCGGGUCCCCGGGACGCUCUCUUCCUGCUGCGCCCUGGCGAGGAGCCGCGCUGCGCUGCCGACGCGCCGCUGCUCUUCUGCAUCGACAUCUCGGGCUCCAUGAGCAUCGCCUCGGAGGUGUCAGAGGGAGAAGAUGCGGUCCACAAAACCCGUCUCCAGUUUGUUCAGGACGCCGUGUGGCAGUGUCUUCAGAGCCUGGGCGAGCUCAGACCCCACAUGCGGGUCGGACUCGUCACCUUCAACCACCAGGUGACGAUGCAUGGAAACGAUCGCUUCACGUUGCGUUCCCUGAGCGGCGCCGAGUUAACCGACCCCCACUUUCUGAAAGAGACUGCCGCCGGCGUCCCGACUCCGGCGCCGCUCUCACAGACCAAGAGAUACCUGCAGAGGCAGGUCAUGGAUUUGUCUGACGGCGGGACCACGGCCCUCGGGCCGGCUGCGCUGCUCACGAUUGCGAUGGCCUCCAGACAUCCCGGCUCCAAAGUGAUUAUCUGCACAGAUGGAAAGGCCAACUCGGAGUUGGGCAAUCUGGAGGUGGAGGACAGCGACACUCGCACUCUGCUCUCCUCCACCAUCUUCUACCAGGACCUGGGGGACUACGCCGCGGACCACGGUGUGACGGUGUCGGUGCUGUCCAUCCAGGGAACCGACUGCAGGCUGGACGAGCUGGGCCGACUGGCCGACCGCACCGGAGGGGAAGUGGUGAUAGCGAGUCCCAAGAGGUUGCACCAGGAGUUUGAACAGAUGAUUGAGAACAAGAUGGUCGCCUCACACUGCACCGCCACGUUGCUGCUGCCACAGCUGCUGCGUACGAGAGGGGAGAAGGAGGCGGUGCACAAAGGGACCAGAGCGGUGGGGAACGUGGGCCCGGACACAGAGAUCACCCUCCAGUUUGGAGCCAAGGAACACGAUGACGAAGCCUCGGCGCUCGGCGCCGGGAGCCGUGUGGCCAUCCAGCUGCAGGUCCGGUACCGGCAGAGGAAGGGAGAGACGAUGCUCCGAGUGAUCACCGCCUGCCGAGAUGUGACUGAUGACAGCUCGGCGGCCCUGUCCUCUCUCUCCCUCGCCAUCGUCCAGCUCAACUCGUCACAGGCCAGCGCCGCUCUGGCGGUCAGAGGUCGCUUCCUGGACGCCCGGAGGGAGGCGGAGCAGCAGAGGAAGCUGAUGGAGAGAGCGAUAGAGCAGAAUGACAACGCAGACGACCAUCACACGUACCAACGCUGGAGGGAGAGCAUGGAGCCCAUCUACAGCGACGGAGAGGGCGGCACGAGGCCUGUAACAGACACUGGGGCAGCGCUGUUCUACAGCAUGAAGCGGAGCAACAGGAAGACCAUCAUGAUGAAGAGGAAACACACAGCAUGAAGCUGAGGAAGACCAUCACGAUGAAGAGGAAACACACAGCAUGAAGCAGAGGAAGACCAUCACGAUGAAGAGGAAACACACAGC